AUGAUGGCUUCUGAUAAGCUGCCUGCUGUAGGCGCCCUUUCGCGGCAGCUGCAGGCGCUGUCUGGAAGCGGUUGGACCAAUGUUCAGACCCCGGUGCGGCAGGGGUUUGAGGCGGUCGAAGCCACGGCGCAUGGCCUCGCCGACCAGCUGGCGGCAUCUAGAAGCGAGCUGAGACGGCUUGAAGCGCGUCUCGUGGGCAUGGAAGACAUGCUCUCUCAACGUAUGGACGGCCACGUUCGGAGCACGAGGGAGGAAGUGGAUGUCUUGAGGUCUGCUCUUGACCGUGUUCCGAGGCUUGGGGAUGUGCAGGGAAGGAGAAGGACGCUAGAAUCGGAGGUGACUAAGAGGACGCGAGAGCUGGAGCUGUCUGUGGCGGAGGUUCGCGAGGAGAGCAGGAAGGGGGUGGAAGCCGCGCGGCAGGCGGCGACGGGAAAGGCGGGGCUCCCGGACCUGGAGGCGUAUUGUCCGCGCGGAGAGGCUGCCACUCGAACGGACGUACAAGACUUGGAAAACCGCUUGGCGAGAAAGGCAGACAGAGAAGCGCUCGACGGCGACCUGGCCACCAAGGUGCAGGGAAAUGCGCCCGUGUCGUGGGUGGACUUUGAGCGGCUCCUUCGCGACAAGGCGGACGCCAGCGCGCUGUCAGAGCUGGAUGCCAACUGUGCCACUUCUGCGGCGUUGGAGAGGGUGGAGAUCGGCCUGGCGAGGGCUGCGGGGAUGGAAGAGGUUCGAGCUUUCGUGGAGAAGCAAACAGGGGACAUUCAAGCCAUGUCCCCGGCCCUGGAGCGUCUUCUCGCGGCGAGAGCUCGCGAGGAGAGAGAAGCGGUGGAGAGGAGCCCCGCCUCACCAGUGACGCGAGGCGAGCUCCCGGGCCUAGUUCGGGCAUGCCUUCGCGGUCUCAGAGACGGCGACGGUGGCGGCGGAGGGGAGGAUGACGGUUUGUUCCCUUCGGGGAUCUCCGCCUCGCAGGUUCAGGCGGCGGUGUCGGCGGGGCGAGAGGUGAAACGGCUGCGGCUGGAACUGGACGAGAGCGUCGGCCGCGUGCGGGCACGAGCGGAGGGCAUCGGCAAGGGGUUGGACCAGGCCAAGGAAGAACUCGUGUCCCUCCUCAACGCCAAGGCGUACAAGGCAGACGUGUCCCUGUUGCUUCAGGGGAAGGCCGACAGCGGGGACUUGAGCAGACUCGCAGCUCUCGUGCAGACCAAGGUGAACGAAUCAGAUCACCGAGAAAGCGCUGCGAGAACGGCUCACUCGCUGACGGCCCUUUCCGGCGAGGUUUGCGGGCUAAGGGGGGAGCUGAGGCUUGACGUUGAAAGGCUCUCCAGCCGCCUCUUGGCCAAGGCCGAUUCUGACGACCUGACGGCGGUGAAAAAGACCGUCGCCGGGGCGGCGGCGGCAGCCGUCGAAGCGGCGAAAGCAUCAGCGAAGGCCACGGCCGCAGCAACGAUAGCGGCUGGAGGGUCCACCUCGGACCUCACGCCCUCGAUGCUGUCCCCUCCUCCAGCCAACCUCGGCAACGCGUCGUCGCUCCUUCGGUCUCGGAACGGCGACCUGAACGGCGACAGGAACGGCGACCGGAACGGCGACGGUGAUGCCGGUGGCGACGGCAGGGAAAGGGGGGCCGCCGCGCCGCCGAGUCGGGGAGGGGGUGGUCUGAGCAGGGAGGAGACCAGGCUGCUGAUCAGGGCAGAGCUGAAGCGUGCGGGCAUCUCUGACAAGAUUACCCGCGAAGAGGCUUCCGUACUGGCGGAAGAUUGCGCCGCGAGAGCGCUGGCUUCGGCUACCACAACCACGGACGGGCUGGACCGGCGCAUUAGCAACAUUAACCAUCGGCUCCAGAGGUCAACGGUGGCGGUAAGCCAACCGCACGUAGAGCGUCUCUUCGCCGCGCAGUCCAACCUCGAGCUGAGGGUGGCCCGGUCCCUCAGUCUCGGACGCUGGCUCUGGCGCGGCGUCAAUUUUUCGGCGGCGUACGCCGCCGCGGCAGCAGCGGCAGCAGCAGCGGCACCUGGGAACAGUGCGGGCAUUGACGGCGGCGGCGUCACCGGCGACGGUGGGGGCUUCACUUCGGCCGGGAUCCUGCUUUGCGGAGGUUCCCGGGUGGACGGUGCUGGUGGCGGCGGCGGCGGCGGCGGCGGGAUAUGGGUGCCGUGGGAAGCGGAGGCGGCGAACGCGUCCCCCGAGCGUCUUAAGGUCGGUCCGACGCACGACAGAUUCCGUACAUGUCAAUCGAAGUAUGCCGAAGAAUGCGAGUGGACACCCGGAUGUGCAAGCGUGACCGCCGUGGUGCCGGGACUGUACCUCCUCUCCUGCGGCUUCUUCUCCCAAAUCCCCUUCGUGGCGACGGUUUUUCACCCAUACCUCCUUCACGUGACGCCACACAACACCACUCGUACCUUUGUCGACUGCUCCCGUUCUGCCCCCCAUUCCGUUCAUCUCGGCCCUGUCCCAACGCCGUUCUUGCACCGCUUCUGCGCCCAGAUAUACCUGAACGGGGACCCCGUCUACAGCUUUUCCUCGCGCAGGAGAGAGCCCUUGGUAUCGGCGUCUGGAGAAAAUGAUGCGCAUAAACCGGUCUCCGCCGCCGCCCGCCCCUCAGCCGACAGCAAAGAAGCUUGUGGGGAUCCGACCCGUUGCCGGAGCAAGCACCCGGCGGGAGAAGUGCUGGCGAGUUCUGCUCGGGAGUACUUGGCGUGCCCCGCGGGCGGGGUGGUGUCCGUCAAGUUCGAGAUACUCGUCGGCGAAAUCAGCGGUGGGAGGCCAAGCUCUGGGGUGCUUGGAGGGCACGGGCGUCUCGUUGGUGAUCGUAUUGUAGCGGCUGGGAUCGGGGAGGCGCCGAAGGAAGGCCCGCACGGAAGUUAUAGUGGAAAGUCGGGGGAACCGGCCGAGGGGGGGUGUCGGGAAGACUUUCCCCGGCCUCAGGGGUUCCUGGAGAUACAAAAGCUGUGA